AUGGGAUCUUUCGCCAUGAUUAGAGGUUUUUCCAUGGGACUUGUGCUCCUUUGUGUUUCUAGCUUCUGGGUUUUGCCAACCGAAGGUGCUGGUAGAGGAAGUUUCUCUAGAAACUCUUCUUCUCGGCCGAGCUCUGUCAACGUUGGAGCUCUGUUUACUUAUGAUUCUUUCAUCGGAAGAGCAGCUAAACCAGCGUUUAUGGCGGCCAUUGCCGACGUCAACGCUGAUCAGAGUAUUCUCAGAGGAACCAAGCUCAAUGUCGUCUUCCAUGACUCUAAUUGCAGUGGAUUUGUUGGCACCAUGGGAGCUUUGCAGGUAAUGGAGAACAAGGUGGUUGCAGCCAUAGGUCCACAGUCUUCAGGAAUCGGUCACAUAAUCUCACAUGUAGCUAACGAGCUUCAUGUACCUCUCUUGUCAUUUUCAGCAACGGAUCCGACUCUUUCUUCGCUUCAGUACCCUUACUUCCUUCGAACCACACAGAACGACUACUUCCAGAUGAACGCAGUCGCGGAUUUUGUAUCCUAUUCCCGAUGGAGAGAAGUUGUGGCGAUCUUUGUGGACGACGAGUAUGGUAGGAACGGGAUAUCUGUGUUAGGCGAUGCUUUAGCCAAGAAACGUGCCAAGAUCUCUUACAAGGCUGCACUCACACCUGGUGCAGAUAACAGAUCGAUCAAAGACUUGUUGGUUUCUGCUAAUCUGUUGGAGUCUCGCAUCUUUGUUGUUCAUGUGAAUCCUGAUUCGGGUUUAAACGUAUUCUCUGUCGCCAAAUCUCUUGGAAUGAUGGAAAGUGGCUACGUCUGGAUCGCCACUGAUUGGCUUCUUACAGCUUUGGAUUCUCUGGAACCCAAAACUAUGGAUCUCUUGCAAGGAGUGGUUGCUUUUCGCCAUUACACACCUGAGAGUGAGAAGAAGAGACGGUUUAAAGCAAAAUGGAAGAGCCUUAGAACCAAGGAGAGCUCAAGAAGUGAUGAUGGUGGCUUCAAUUCUUAUGCAAUGUAUGCUUAUGAUUCUGUUUGGUUGGUAGCUCGUGCUCUCGAAGCUUUCUUCAGCGAAGGCAAUGCAAUGACUUUCUCCAGUGAUCCGAAUCUGAGGCAAACCAACGACAGUAACAUUAAGUUAUCAGCACUUAACGUUUUCAACGAAGGGGAGAGAUUCUUGCAGGUCAUUCAAGAAAUGAAUUUCACAGGUCUGACCGGACAAAUCGAGUUUGAUUCACAGAAAAACCGGGUUAAUCCAGUGUACGACGUUCUAAACAUAGAAGCUAGAGGUCCACAGAGAGUCGGGUACUGGUCGAAUCAUACAGGCUUCUCAGUGGAGCCACCGGAGACAUUAUACUCCAAGCCUCCAAACAAAUCUGCAGAACAUCAACGUCUUAAGGAGAUCAUAUGGCCAGGAAAUGUAACUAAGCCGCCUCGGGGUUGGGUCUUCCCUGACAAUGGAGAGCCGCUUAAGAUCGGUGUGCCUAACCGUGUGAGCUACAAGAACUAUGCGUCUAAGGACAACAACAACCCGCUUGGUGUUAAAGGCUAUUGCAUUGACAUCUUUGAAGCUGCGAUUCAGUUGCUUCCUUAUCCUGUUCCACGUACUUAUAUACUAUACGGGGACGGGAAGAGAAACCCUUCAUAUGACGAUCUCAUAGGUGAAGUUGCUGCAAAUAAUUUCGAUGUAGCUGUUGGGGAUGUAACAAUCAUUACAAACAGAACCAAGUUUGUAGAUUUCACUCAGCCAUUUAUGGAAUCAGGGCUUGUGGUGGUAGCUCCAGUGAAAGGUGCCAAGUCUAGUCCUUGGUCCUUCUUGAAGCCAUUCACUGUAGAGAUGUGGGCUGUGACUGGAGCCUUUUUCCUCUUUGUGGGAGCUAUCAUUUGGAUUCUUGAGCACCGCUUUAAUGAAGAAUUCCGUGGACCUCCUAGGCGACAAAUCAUCACCAUCUUCUGGUUUAGCUUCUCAACGAUGUUCUUCUCUCAGAGGGAGAACACAGUGAGCACGUUGGGGAGAUUUGUGCUACUCAUAUGGUUGUUCGUGGUUCUGAUCAUCAACUCAAGCUACACGGCGAGUCUCACUUCGAUCUUAACCGUUAAACAGCUGACAUCUCGGAUAGAAGGAAUGGACAGUCUAAUCUCAAGCAACGAACCAAUCGGAGUGCAAGACGGUACAUUCGCCUGGAAAUAUCUGGUCAAUGAACUCAACAUAGCUCCAUCAAGAAUCGUUCCAUUGAAAAACGAAGAAGAAUAUCUCUCUGCUCUUCAACGUGGUCCAAGAGCUGGCGGCGUGGCAGCCAUUGUCGACGAGCUUCCUUACAUCAAAGCUCUCUUGUCAAACAGCAACUGCGAGUUCCGUACAGUUGGUCAGGAAUUCACACGCACAGGCUGGGGAUUUGCGUUUCAGAGAGACUCUCCUCUAGCUGUGGACAUGUCGACAGCGAUCCUGCAGCUGUCUGAAGAAGGAAAGCUGGAGAAAAUCCGCAAGAAAUGGCUUACGUACAGCCACGAAUGCUCAAUGCAGAUCUCAGACACAGAGGACUAUCAAAUCACGGUGCAGAGUUUCUGGGGGCUGUUUCUAAUCUGCGGCGUCGUUUGGUUCAUUGCACUCACACUCUUCUGCUGGAAAGUUUUCUGGCAAUGGCAUCGGUUAAGACCAGAAGACAGUGAAGAAGGAAGAGCGAGCGAAGAAGGCAGUUCCUCUAGAGCAGGGAGAAGUUUGAGAGCGGCGAGUUUUAAGGACUUGAUCAAAGUUGUUGAUAGGAGAGAAGCAGAGAUCAAGGAUAUGCUUAAGCAGAAGAGUGGUAUGAAACUCAAAGCUAUUGAAAGUAUAGCUGAGAAUUCAGAGUCAAAACAUCCUGAAACUCCAUAG